CCCGUGUGUGUGUGCGGCUGUGCGAGCGCGCGUGUCUCCCUCGCCGCCGCUCGCACACGCUCAGGCACUAGUGCAGGCUGCGAGCCGGCGGCGCCGGGCUCCGCUCGCUCACCCGGCCGCUCCGCUCCGCUCCGCUGCGCUGCGCUGCGCUCCCUCCACGCCGCCGCCUCUGCAGCCGCAGCCGGGCAUGGACUCGCCCGGACGGGAGCACGCUGCCGCCGCCGCCGCCGCCGCCGCCCGGAGCCGCGCGCGGGGGAUGGGGCUGCCCGGGAGGCGCGCGGAGCCCGCAGGGGGAGCGCCGAGCCGGCGCGCGGCGUGAGAGCCCGAGCAGCCCGCGCGGGCCGGUCCGUGCGCACCGCGCGCCGUCGCCGCCCUCCCUCCCUCCCUCCCUCGCUCCCUCCCGCGCCUCGAUGGCGCCAUCGCCCCGGCGCCGCUGACCGCCCAGCCCGCCCAGCCGCGCUCCGACCCGCCGGCGGGCCCGGCUGCCGCCGAGCUUCCCGCGCAGCCCGCCCGCCCGCCGGCCCGCCAUGGCGCUGCGGCGCCUCCUGCUGCUGCUGCUGCUCUCGCUGGAGUCGCUGGACCCGCCGCCCCGCGCUCUCGCCGCCCGCGGCCGCGCCGCCAACCGGACCCUGAGCGCGGGCGCCGGCGCCGCUGCCGCUGCCGCUGCCGUCGGGGGCCGGCGUCCCGGGGGCGCCCUGGCCCGGGGCGGCCGCGAGCUGAACGGCACCGCCCGGCUCCCGGAGGCGGGCAGCCGGCGGGGACAGCCCGCCGCGCCGGUGGCGGUGGCGGCCGCGGCCAGCUCGACCGUCACCUACGAGACGUGCUGGGGCUACUACGACGUGAGCGGCCAGUACGACAAGGCGUUCGAGUGCAACAACAGCGAGAGCGGCUACCUGUACUGCUGCGGAACCUGCUACUACCGCUUCUGCUGCAAGAAGCGCCACGAGAAGCUGGACCAGCGCCAGUGCACCAACUACCAGAGCCCCGUGUGGGUCCAGACGCCCAGCACCAGGGUGGUGUCGCCGGGGCCCGAGAACAAGUACGACCCCGAGAAGGACAAGACCAACUUCACCGUCUACAUCACCUGCGGGGUGAUCGCCUUCGUCAUCGUGGCCGGCGUCUUCGCCAAGGUCUCCUAUGACAAGGCCCACCGUCCUCCACGGGAGAUGAACAUCCACAGGGCUCUGGCUGACAUCUUAAGACAACAGGGACCUAUCCCUAUAGCACACUGUGAAAGAGAAACUAUCUCGGCUAUUGAUACCUCUCCCAAAGAUAACACGCCGGUCAGAUCCUCCUCCAAAAACCACUACACCCCUGUGCGUACAGCCAAGCAGACUCCAGGGCAUUAUGGGAAGGAUGCUUACCGAAGUGGAGGACCAGAUCUCCAUAACUUCAUCUCAUCUGGAUUUGUCACUUUAGGAAGAGGACACACGAAGGGUGAUCGCCAGUAUAAUCAUCCGAUUUUAAGCAGUGCGACCCAGACCCCUACACAUGAGAAGCCCCGGAUGAACAACAUCCUGACAUCAGCCACGGAGCCCUAUGACCUCUCCUUCUCCCGCUCUUUCCAGAACUUGGCCCACCUGCCCCCAUCCUAUGAGUCUGCAGUGAAGACCAAUCCGAGCAAGUACUCAUCUCUGAAGAGGCUAACUGACAAGGAGGCUGAUGAGUAUUACAUGAGGCGGAGGCACCUGCCUGACCUGGCAGCCCGAGGCACCCUCCCACUCAACGUCAUCCAGAUGUCACAGCAGAAGCCGCUACCACGGGAGAGACCACGCCGGCCUAUCCGGGCCAUGUCCCAGGACAGGGUCUUGUCCCCAAUGCGGGGUCUGCCGGAUGAGUUUGGCAUGCCCUAUGAUCGCAUCCUGUCUGAUGAGCAGCUGCUUUCCACGGAGCGUCUGCAUUCCCAGGACCCGCUGCUGUCCCCAGAGCGGACGGCCUUCCCCGAGCAGUCCCUGUCCAGGGCCAUCUCCCACACGGACGUGUUUGUGUCCACGCCUGUGCUGGACCGCUACCGCAUGACCAAGAUGCACUCCCAUCCCAGUGCCUCCAAUAACUCCUACGCCACCCUGGGCCAGAGCCAGACAGCAGCCAAGCGCCACGCCUUCGCCUCACGCAGGCACAACACCGUGGAGCAGCUACACUAUAUCCCGGGCCACCACACCUGCUACACAGCGAGCAAGACGGAAGUGACCGUGUGACCAGUGGAGCCCAGCUGGGCACUUGGCGGGGUGGGGUGGGGCAAAACAGAGCAGGGGUCAGGAGCAGAACUGCCAGCCUUUUACUUGUCCCUUUCCCUUUCUGGGUCUCCUCGGUUGGAGGUAGGGGUGGGCCACCUUGUCCAGAAAACCGCACCCCUGCUCACAUGGCCUGGUCCGACACACGCAGAUUCAGGACUUAGAGUGUUUGCUUUUGCCCUUCAAUAGAACCAACAGAGCAAGGAGAGGGCGGGACCCCAGUUGUAACCGUGCCCCUCUCGUCAAUGCCCUUCAGUCACACAUCCUCCUCCCCAUCCAGGGGACUCUGCCCAGGUUCUGUCGGCUAAAAGACCCUCACCGGACCCUGAUCUAAAACUGUCUGGAUUGGAACAGGCCAGUAGGUGCAGUCAGUGGGCUGACCAAAUAGGCUACUCGGUCUUAUCCAUUUACCUAGAACCACAUCACAGAAAUCUUCUAGUGCCUAAACACUACCUGCUUGCUCUCUGAGACAGAGGGCUGCUGUGUUAUAAGCACAAUACUGAUUUUCUUCUGCCUGCUGGAACUCUCUGGUCUCCACCAAGUGAAUGACCCUUCCUUUGCUGACCCUGGCCCUUUCUUCAUCCCCCCGUGGGACAAGGAGUCUUCCCCUCCCGCAGCUGCCUGCCCUUGCUGGAAUCCCUGCCCCAUUCCAGCUGGCUGAUGUCGCCCUGGUCCUGGGAUGGGGGAAAGUUUGCUCCUCCAGCCUCUCUGUUUUACCCUCCAGUUCUCUGAGGCUUUAACUCUUGGGGUGCAGGGACCUUAGGGGAGACCUCCUGACCACCUGUUUAUCUCCCCCACUGCCUCCAGGCCUGUAGGUCUGAACUUUGCCCAGUACUCGGGCCUGCCUUCCCUGCCCUUGCUCUGUUCCCAAGGUAUGCCUGCUGUGGUCAGAAAGAGCCAGGGUGGGGAGGGUCACUGUGAUGCCUGGGAUCUCAGGGGCUCACCAUUCCCAUCCUCCAAGGCUCUGCUUGUCCCCCACCAUGCAGCUCAGGCAGGACAGAAGCAGAAGCUUGUUAGAGAGAUGACGCUCAGCCCCAAACAAGGAAGACCUUCCUGAGGCUGGCUGUCCUGCACCCACCUGCUCCUCUUCCACAUUUCUGCCUGCUCCCUGAGCUCCUUCUCCACCAAGCUCUCUUUCUCUCCUGCCUUCCCUUUCCCCGCGAUGCAUCUUCUCCUGUGUCCUUGGUUCCAUUACUGACCCCUGGCUGCCCUUUCUCACACCACUGGAGCAAAGGAACAAAGACCCAUUGGCAAAUGCAGAUGAACAAAUGCAGAUGAUCCAGGCUCCUGGUUCGGGAGCUAACUGGGCACCUCCCCAGCUCACUGGUCCUUCCCUGCAGGGGGCACUGUAGCAUCAGUCAGAUACAUGCCUACCCUCAGCUCUGUGAGGGGACCCCCAAAGAUAGCUCGUCACAGCACCUUCUCUCUCUCAAAAAUGGGGGUGGAGGUGUUCCCACCACUGGGGAGCUAACAGUGGACACAGCAGCACCUUACCCCCCAACAAUACUGGAGAAAGAGACAUAAGAGGCUCCCCCAUCCUCAGGGAUAGGGAACAUCUCUCUGAUGUGGGGCCAGGAGGAAUCAGCUCCAGACCAUUGGAUGAAAGUGUAAUACUAAAAUCAUACCAUCACCAGUCAGAUUCCAACACCGAUGCCUUUAAGGAGGAUUUUAUGUUCCCUUACUUCCACAUGGAUAAUCUUUUAAAAAGGUAGGGUGGGGAAGACUCAUCUGCCCUGGGAAUUUUUAACCUAACCAAGUCCAAAACUACAAAGAAAACCAGUGGACUGCUUCCUCUUACAGAUUCAACAGUUCUGAACCUCUCUCCUCCUCUCCCCAAAGCUCCCCUUCCAGCCUGAACAGGACUGGGUCAUAUGAAUCACAAGGGGGUAGAGAUUGGGGGUCUGACUGAAGCCCUCAGCAUCCCCACUGGGAAAGUGUCCCAGGGACCUUGAGGCUGGGAGACAAGGACUGAGGCCCUCUGCUUUCUUUCCUGCAAACACAUAAACCUUCUGAAGGGCUGGUCCCCGUGGGUUUAUGAGCAUUUGUUCCAGAAGGUAAGACUAAAGGAGGUGAAGAGAGGAAAUGGAUCUGCAUAGAAGCAAAAGGAUGUCUCACAGCUGGCCCCAGACCCCUCAGAACCCCUACCGCAUGGCCAGUUCCCCUGAACACCACCCGCUUGUGGGGAAGGGAAGGGAAAGGAAAGGAUGCUCACGGGCAGGUGAGAAUCUCUUCCCAGGCUCUUUGUAUACUACAUGCUAAACCAGAGCCCUGUCUGAUCCUACCAAAACAUCCUCUGUUCUUCCAGGUUCUCCAGCCCUCAGGGGAAUCUCUCCCUGGGCUCCCUGCCCCAGCCUUCUCUCCUGCAAGGUGUGUUUCUGUCUGUCUCAGGGUUUGUUUGAUAGGUUGAUUGCAAAUUAGUUUUCAUUGCCAAGUCUUACCACUGUCAGGUUUAAAAUGUCUUUCCUCAGUUGAAUCAUCAGUCGGGAUGCUUAUUCCUUGCGAAGGAUUUCUUCUGCUUCAGCCUGAGGUCUAGAGUGAAGAAAAGGAGAGACAGAAAAAGGAGGAUGGUGGGAAAGAAAGAUAAAAAGAGAUAAAGACAUAAGCCUACAAACUCGCUCCAGUUCACAUCCCAUUUCAAAACCCAGAAAACUGUGUCUUAACUGGGACAUGAAGGGACAGUAAUCACCCCCUAGUCACAGUUUUGUAUUACUCUUUCAGUUGCUUGCAGUAGUCACGGUCCAAAACUAGUAAUAUUUGCCCAGACUAAAACAUUGAGAGCAUAUUCAUGUAGCUUUGUUUUUAGUCACAGUAUACUGAUGUAAUUGUCCCCUGGCUCUGGAACCCAGAUACCACAGCUUCCAGCCCAACCGUGCUGGUGGCCUCUGCCACACAUAGAAGGUCCAUUCCUCCCUCCUAAAGGACACCUGUCCCUAGCAAAAGAAUCCUAAAGCCCAAGAUUUUCCUCUUCUCGUUUUGUUCCCCCGUUGCUGUGCUAGGAAUGGACUGGGUUCUGCACAGGUUUUCCCUGACUUGGAUGUCCUUCUGGGAGCUCUCUGUGCCCCUGUCCUUCCUUCCCUGAAAAUUUUGCUUCUUCUAGUGAGUUCUUGGGUCUAAGCACUCAAUGGUCACAAAGGCUUUGCAAGAAUCCCGUAAGCUCCUAAAUGGAUUUCUACCCUCAGGGACCCCUUUGGGAGUCAGGUCUGCGUCUCUUAGAGAGUUCCCACUUCCUCCAGGCUAAAGUUCCUCCCCUUCCUCUGUCACUUCCGCUUCCGGCUUUUCUUCUUGUCCUCUGUUUCCUUGUUUACCUUCCUUCAUCCCAAAUUUAUUUUUCCUGGUCCUGCUGUAGUCUCUAGUUUUCAGAAUUAGGGUUCUGGAGGAAACCUGUAGAAAAACCAGACAUUCUUCAAAUCCUCUGUUGUCUCUCUGGUUUAUCUUUCAAUUCCCAUACCUGUGAGUUGGUAUUCUAGGGUAUGAUGCCAGGGGAUUUCCCCCUUUGACCCUUGGGAGGGAAAGGAGAGGCUGCUGGGCUGGAGGUGUUACAGCCAAAAGAUCAGCUUUGGUUCCUACUCCUGCAAAAUCCCUGAAGCUCCUGGCCCAGUCUGCUACUAGCCCAGAGGCUCCCGCUCCAGCCAAAUUUUUAUAGCUUGGGGGACUCUCGCCACCCACUCCCCCUUCCCACGAAUCUCCGCACAGUUACUGCUUUGUCUCAGAAGAUUUGAAGGCGUCAGGACUCUCCAAGCAUGGAAGAGUACCCAUCCCAACGCCCCUGCCACCAAACAAUCCAUCUCCUUCAGAGAUACCCUGUCCAGCAUCUUCCUCCUACCCUGAUUCCUUCCAUAGCCAACCGUGGACUUGACACAAGGUAACAGUUUGAAAGGGCUGCAAAUCCCAUGGACCCUAGAAGGCACCUGCUCUGAGAAGAGCUGGCUCAUUACCUUCUACACAUGCAUUCCUGUGAUCCUCCCCUAACCCGGGGAACUUUGCUCAUGAUUGUGUUUAAGGAAGCCUGUUGUGUUUCAGUGAAGUAUUUUAGGGAGUUAAAUGUUAUUUUUUUAUAAAAUGAAGCAUUUUAAUGGUAUAUGCAGUAUGAAAGGUUAACCUUCCUGGGCUCUGUGUUUGAUUUUGGAAGGUGACAUACUCAAGGAGAAAAAGGUACAGGGCUGAGGCUCUGGAGACAUGGCUUCCAGGCCUGGCGCUGUCUCUAUCCUACAAUGUGACCAAGAGGAUUCACAUUCCAGCUCGGUACCUCAGUAUCCCCAUUUGUAAAAUGAGGGGCUUCAGUUACAUGAGAUUCCAAGUUUCACUCAACUCUCACACUCUAGGAUUUUCAUUCCUCAUCUGCAACCUUUGUCUUUUUUCCAUAUUCUUCCCCACCUCAGAUGAGUUGCACACGCCCCCACCUAUGCCUGCCCCCUACGACAACAUCCUCAGACACCCCACAUAGCCACCAGACUCCUCAUCAGAGCCUGGAGUUGGUCUGAUGGUCUUGGUCACCCGUGGAUGCUGAUGAUUAAGGGCCUGACCAUUCAGCAUGACAGCCACCAUGGGUCACGAGGCCUCUCGGGCAGACACACCUAAGCCACCUAGCUGUCUGUGUCACUAGGAAAUCCUGAGUUUGGAGUUUUCAUUUUGAUGUGGUCCUUAUUAAAGCUGGAGGGAGGCAGUUCCAAUUUCAGAGAGGGGAUGGACUGGAAAAGAACGAUUGAAGUUCAGCCAAGAAGUUUGGACGUGGAGUUUGUAUCUCAGGACAGCUGGAAAACACAGUCCAACCCUCAGAGAUGCAUUCUUGGCAAAGGUUCCAUGUGGCAAAGAUGAUAUUGUAUCCCACUCUGGAAUGUUCUCCAGAACACCGAGACUGGACACAAGGCUCCAUUCCACCUGAAGAGGAGGAGGCACCCAACCUGGGCUGCUAGGAGGUGGGCACCCACUCCAUCCUAGUAUCUUUCUAUCCCCUCCUUAUGACAUGACUGCCCUCCCAGUGAAGGCUUUUGAAGCAAGAAAUGGAGAGUCCAAGUCGGUAUCAUCAAAACCCAUCUUGUAAAUCGGAAAGCAUAUUAACCUUUCAUCACUCAGAAAAGGACACCGUGUGUUUCCUUAAUACCCUUCCUGCUGAGGGGAGAGAAGACCCUGCUUAGCUUCUCUGCCCAUCCUGCAGUGACCCUUGAAUGCAGGACCCACUCAUUUGCUUUGUAGUGGAAAAAAAAAUUUCCUCUAGUUCUAUAACACAACUAGAUAUUUUGUAGUAAAGAAUUCUUGAAAUUCUCUAAUCAAAAGCAAUUCUUACUAUAAUAUUUUUAGUUUGGGGACACACUUUCCUAAGGGGAAUUAAUGAACAUUUUUAUGCAUUAGCCCAAUUUAUGGAUUCCAUGUUUAUUAUAUAUGGUAGCAUUGAUGAAAAUUACCUUUCUAUCUGUACCUGGGCAGUUUCUUCAUUACUCGUGUAAGCUCACAACGAGCAACGCUGUUGUCAUGCUCCUGUAUAAAUCUCACUGUCACCCUUUCCUGUCAAAGCACAUUCUAUAUGUACUGUAAACCCAUAUCACUUUAGUAAGAUUUAGUCUUAAGGAUUUUUCCACUUUUGUCAGUAACAGAUAUUUAUGGAUUAAAAAAAAAUAAAGCUGUUUCAACAUAA